CACAACCCCCAACUCCAACUGUCUCUCCCACUCAAUUAACACAUUGUUCUCUUUCACACAAACACACACCACCACACUUUCUCUCUUCAAAUUUCAUACUUUUCUAACCACAAAAAAUUAUACUAUUCUCUCAUGUCCACAGCCGAGCCACCAUCUUCCACCACCAUCACUACAACCGGCGUAGGUCUCGGCUACGGCAUCACAAUCGCCGUAAGCAUCCUUGUCCUCAUCUCCACCAUCAUGCUCGUUUCCUACCUUUGCGUCCGUAUAAAAUCACACGGACGCAGAGACUCCUUCCAUCUCGACAUCCACCAUCAACCUCAUACUACUAUCAACUCGGGCUUGGCUCAGCCCGGUCCAUUUAUCAUGGGCCUAGAAAAGCCCAUGAUUGAAUCAUAUCCAAAGAUGAUACUUGGAGAGAGUAGAAGAUUGCCCAAACCCAAUGGUGGCCAGUGUGCUAUUUGUUUGACUGAUUAUCUACCAAAGGAAACAAUACGCUGUGUUCCAGAUUGUCAACAUUGUUUUCAUGCAGAUUGUGUUGAUGAGUGGCUAAAAAUGAGUGCCACGUGUCCUUUGUGUCGGAAUUCUCCGGCUCCGUCGCCGAUAACUACGCCUGUGGCCACGCCGUUGUCGGAGCUUGCUCCUCUGGCUUUUCAUGCUAGAUGGCUGUGAAUUUGUGAUGUGAACAACAAACAUAAUUUUUCUCAAGAGAAAAAAGACGUACAUAAUGUCUAUAUCUGAAGACUAAAGUGGUUGAAGAUUUAUGAAGAGGUAAAUCUUAUUGGAGCAUUGUCGGAUAUUAAAUGUGACUAGCUCUUAUAAGUUUCCUUCGAGUGAGUUAAUCUUAUUGAACCUGUUCGAACACUAUAUGUGAAUAUCUUUCUUAGUCAAAAUUUGAUCUCUAGUUUGACAUGUUGUAGAAGUCUAACCUCUUCUAACUACUGCUAAAUUCAAUCCAUGUUGGUGUUUCAAAUUGUACACCUUCAUAAGUGAUUGUUAUCAUUGCUUGCAUUGCAGUAGUUAUAAUUUGUAUUGCUUGUUGUGGUGUAAAAUUAUUUGAAGUUUUUACUAGAUAUUAUGGUUUAUUA